AUGACAGACACCGCGACGCACACCCUGGGUGUAAAACAGCAUGGCCAGGGCCACCCCGACCAUUUGCAGGAGGACGUCGCCCUGCUGAAGUCGCACAAGCUGAAGCCCCACCCCACCAUUCCCCGGGCGACCAAGCCCAUAUUGAUCUGCGUCCUGGACGGCUGGGGCGAGUCCGAGUACCACGACAAGUUCAACGCCAUCCACGCUGCGGAGACGCCGGCGAUGGACGAGCUGCGCGCCAGCGCCCCCGGCCGCUGGCGCCUGAUCAAGGCGCACGGCACCGCCGUGGGCCUGCCCAGCGAUGCCGACAUGGGGAACAGCGAGGUGGGCCACAACGCGCUGGGCGCCGGCCAGAUCGUGGACCAGGGCGCCAAGUGCGUGGACAGGUCCCUGGAGACGGGGGAGGUGUGGAGCGGGGAGGGCUGGAGGGCCAUCCAGGACAGCGCCAGGGCCGGCACCCUGCACCUCAUCGGCCUGCUGUCGGACGGUGGCGUGCACUCACGCUACGACCAGCUCCAGCUGCUGAUGGAGGGCGCGGUGAGGCAGGGCGUGCGGCGCAUCCGCCUGCACGCGCUGUCCGAUGGGCGAGACGUGGGGGAGAACACGGCGGUGAAGUGGGUGACCAAGGCCCAGGGUGACAUCGACCGCUGGAAUUCUGAGCACGGCAUCGACAUCCGCAUCGCCAGCGGAGGGGGCAGGAUGCACGUCACCAUGGACCGCUACGAGUCUGACUGGGCCGUGGUCAAGGCCGGGUACUACGCCCACGUAUUGGGCGAGGCGCCCAACACCUACACCUCGGCGAUCGACGCCGUCACGGACUUGAAGAGAAACAACGAGGUGUCGGACCAGUGGGUUGAUCCCUGGGUGGUGGUGGAUGACGGGGGCAAGCCGGUGGGGGCGGUGCAGGAUGGCGACGCGGUGGUGACCUUCAACUUCCGGGCCGACCGCAUGGUGGAGAUCAGCAAGGCCCUGGAAUACGAGGAGUUUGACCACUUUGACCGCAAGCGCUGGCCCAAGAUCAAGUUUGCGGGGAUCAUGCAAUAUGACGGCGAGCUUAAGCUGCCCAGCAUCUACCUCGUCCCUCCACCCCUCAUCGAGCGGGCCAGCGAGCAGUACCUGGUCGGCAGCGGGGUCAGGAUAUUUGCGUGCAGUGAGAGCCAGAAGAUUGGACAUGUCACAUUCUUCUGGAAUGGCAAUCGGUCGGGAUACCUCGACAAGAACCUGGAGGAGUUUGUGGAGAUCAAGUCUGACCAAGGCAUCUCCUUUGACAAGAAACCUGAGAUGAAGGCUGCCAAGAUUGCAGAGCGGGUGAAGGAAGCCAUCCUGAGCGGAAAGUACGACGUCAUCCGCUGCAACUUCCCAAACUCGGACAUGGUGGGGCACACCGGGAAGCUGAAGGCUACUGUCAUCUCCUGCGCCGCUGCAGACAGGGGAGUCAAGGUCCUUCUGGAUGCAGUGGAGGAGGUGGGAGGCAGCUUCCUGGUGACUGCAGACCAUGGGAAUGCUGAGGAAAUGGUCAAGCGCAACAAGGAUGGCUCACCAAAGUACACGGAUGGCGAACCUGAGGUUCUGACAUCCCACACCCUGAACCCUGUCCCCAUUGCCAUUGGAGGUCCGGGUCUACCCAAGAACAUCCGCUUCAGGGAGGACCUGCCUGGGGCUGGCCUCACCAAUGUGACGGCAACCUACAUCAACAUGCUCGGAUUUGAGGCUCCGGACUUUUAUGAACCAUCCCUCAUCACCACGGACAAGCCUUAA